GCAUUUAUCGACUUGACGAUAUGAAGUGUCCUACGUGUAGGCGACAAGUUGAAUUUGUUGACCUGAAUUUUUAUUCAGAAAAUAACUAUCUUAACAAGAAAUUGGAAGAAAAUCAGACCACAGUCUUUCCCAAAAACUCCAUUCGCAUUCCACUGCAGCUGCUAUUAGAGUACAGAAGGAAAGAAAUAAGAAGAUUGGUUGCGUCAACUUUUCAGGUUUCUUUUGUAGGAUCCUCUGGUAUUCCACUGCUUGGAAAUGCAAAUCAAGUUCUCGAGAAAUUUGCUUAUAAAGUGAGUUGUUCCGAUAAACUGGAGGAUGGAGAGCAGGAAAAAAAGGCUUCAGAGAAACAAAUAGAAAGGCUGGAUGGUUUUUUAAGCAGUUAUGUGCAGAAUGACAACUUUACAAAUUGUACAGAAAGUUUAUUUGACUUGCUGUUUGAUAUGAAUGAAUGGAAAAAGUACUACUCGGCAAAUGCUUUUAUAAAGGGGAGGUUGAUUCGCUUUGGAUGUUUUGCAUUUUGGGAGUUUUUGAGAAUUCUUAGAAGCGCAGGAGCACCUGAUGGAAUUCUGCCUGACGUUAUUGUCACUUGUGUGGAUUUGUGCAAUGAAAUAAAUGUUCAAGAAACUAUGGAGAUGCAGGACAUUAUGACCAAGACAUAUAAGCAGUAUGGCAGAACUUUAUAUAAUAUAUGGUUGGACACAUCAGAAAGUCAGUGCGAGGAAAGAAAGUCUACAGAACAUCAGCUUGAAAAGAUAUUUCAUUCUAUGAAGGAAGCGGUCUGGCCACGUAAAGUAGUUGUUCUUCCAAAAUUAUUAAACCCGAAAGAAAGUUCCAAGUUAGGAGAAAUUAUUGUGAAUGAAUGUAUCAAGAGUAGAAAAUCCAUUUCGUUUUAUUAUAGAAACGAUAUAAAUAUGGAUUGAAGUUGAGAGAUUCCUUUCCAAUCUACACCUCAAAAAUAAAACUGUUUCAGAUUUC